AUGGAUUAUCCACAACAUGACACGCCUACAAAGGCCCGGGUUCUAGGUACUAUAUCAUACCUGGAGAGAUAUAAGAUCCCUUAUUUUAAAAGUAGGGUUUUCGAGCAUGCCGGCGUAAGCCAUCGGCAAGGCUGGCAAAUUCUAAACGAGGGCCGGGCCCGACGGCACAAUGGCGACACCCAAACUACCGAACGACGUGGCCGUAAGAAGGUCCUUAGCAAAGAGGAUCUCCAGGCGAUGGAAGACCUGGUCUGGUCUCGAGACUUUGAGGCCGCGGCUCUGACAUGGCAGUCUCUGGCAUGGGAAGCCGGAAUUCAUACAUCCUGCAGUUGGCGUACUAUUCAACGCGCUAUAGGUACUCUUGGCUAUCGGAAGUGUAUUACCUGCGAUAAAGGUUGGGUCUCGUCGGAUACAGCAGCCCGUAGGGUCAAAGACGCCCAAGUCGCCCUCGAGAAGAGGCCUCGGCCGCAAGACUGGCACGAUGUCCGGUUUGCUGAUGAGUUGCUUUUUAGCAUCGGGCCUCAAGGGAAGGCACGGAUCAUUAGGAAGCCAGGCGAGCGAUACUGUCCAGAGUGUACCCAGGACCGGGUUCUUCCGAAGCAGAAGGAUGUUAAGAGGCUCCACGCAUGGGCGGCAGUCGGCCAUGGCUUUAAAUCGUCCCUCAUAUUCUAUGAAGGCCCUACUAAUACCAACGGCAAGAUAUCUCAUCAGGCCUAUCGCGAUUCUGUUCUUGAGCCUGUAGUGGGUUCGUGGAUCGAUGCCAGCCACCAGUUUGUCCUCGAGGAAGAUGGAGACUCCAAGAAUGGUUUAGGGUCUGACGGUAUCGUCGAGAAGUGGAAAGAUGAGCAUGGCUUAAAGCGAUAUUUGAAUACGCCUCAAUCGCCAGAUCUCUCCGUGAUGGAAGACUGCUGGAAGGCCCUGAAAGCCCAAAUUGGAGAGCGUGAUACCUGGGAUGUAAAUGAGUUGAAAAAGCUGGUAAUUUUUGGUUGGGAUCGUGUUGAACAGAAAACAAUCGACCAAUGGGUCGAAUCUAUGACGCAGAGAAUGAGGGAUGUGAUUAGCUGUGAGGGUCGAAUGACUGAGCGGUAG